CUUCCAGAACCCAUCGCCCUCGUCGCGAAUCGUCUCCGCCGGAACGGUGGUUCCUGGCGCCUUGCGUCCAGCGAGCCGUUCCAGUUCACGCAUCUCGGUUUCUUUCGACAGGGGCCAGCAAUUCGUUCAAUCCCGCGCCAUGUCGUUCAGUAGUGAAUAGCAAGGAGUUAGGAGAAAUGGAUACGCAAGAGAACACAACCCCCACUCAUCAUCGAAAAGAAAAGAAAAAAGAAAGUGCAAAGAAAAAAGAGAGAGCAAGGAAGAGGACAUCAUCUGUUUUGGAUUCUACUAAUGUUUCAGACACAGUCAAUGAGGAAAUGGCAGAGUAUGAUCUUGAUGGACCUACUAUCGGUGAAAAACUAGCUACUCUGGAUUUGAUCAAUAGAGAUAAUGAAAAGAAUGAUACUCAAGAGCAAACACUGUCUAUGGCGCCACCAAGUGCAGAUUCAGUCCAUAUUUUGCUCAAGCAAGCUCUGCGUGCUGAUGAUAACAUAUCAUUGCUAGCUUGCUUGUAUAAUAGAGAUCAGAAGGUUAUUGCAAAAUCUAUAUCACUCCUAACACCAUCAGAUGUUGUGAAGCUUCUCAAGUUCUUCGUAUUGCAAAUACAAUCGAGGGGCGCAGUAUUGGUUUGUUCACUUCCCUGGCUGCAAACUUUACUUAAUCGGCACAUGAGCAGCAUUGUGUCCCAGGAAUCUUCUCUGUCCUUGCUCAACUCUCUCUACCAGCUUAUUGAUGCAAGAACAUCAACAUUCAAGUCAGCGCUUCAACUCUCUACCACUCUAGAUUAUCUUUUCAGCGAGAUUGCUGAUGAUGAAGCUGAUGAUGAAGAGGUAGAACCACCAAUCAUUUAUGAGGACAAGGACACUGAUGAUGAAGAAUCUGAAGUUGAUGCUAUGGAAACCGACAGAGAAGAGGCUGAAGAGCUUGGGGAUGUUACUGAUGCCUCUGAGCAUUCAGAUGGAAGUGAGAUAAUGAGCGACUGAUUGACUUCUGCCCUAGGACUGAGCUCUCAGAUGUCAAUCCUGACUAGACACUCGGCGCGGCUUUGCUGCUCCCUACCAGAGUUUGAUACUGUCUGGCCACCUUUAGAUGAAACAAGCAUAUUGUGCACUGGUUAUUUAGCUCUAAUCUUGUAGUGGUUUUGUUAUCACUGCAGAGUGUAGACACAAAUUGCAAGUGAAUCUGAGUGUUCAAUUUUUGGAUGUGAUAAUGUAUAGUUGCCGUUUCUCUUGUCGGGCA